UUGUGGCUUCCUGUUUGCGCUCGCUGAAACUGCGCGUCACGGUCUACGCACCGGGCAAGUCUGAGCAGAUCCACAGGCGGAGAGCGAAGCGUUCCGAGUCCCUCCUGCAUCCACUACCAGGCUGGACAUGCUGUCUCCGGCCGCCAUGCGGCUUGCGUACCUGUCAGCAGGGACACAAUUUUAAUAGUACAAUGGAUCGGGGGGAUGUGCUGACAUCGGCCGCGGCGACGGGGAACUACGAAAACGUCCAAGCUCUGCUUCAGGCGGGGGUCGAUCCCAACGCGGUGAAUAGGUUCGGACGGACUGCCCUCCAGGUCAUGAUGAUGGGAAAUACCGCCGUAGCACGACUGCUCCUCCAGCACGGAGCCAAUCCCGGCGUCCGGGACCGCGACACCGGCGGCACGCCACUGCACGACGCCGCCAGAGAAGGCUUCCUUGACACGGUGAAGGUCCUGGUGGCGCACGGAGCUGAAGUUCACGCCCGGGACAACAGAGACCAGCGACCGAUAGAUCUCGCCAUGGAAAACGGGUAUAGGGACGUGGUGGAUUUUCUGGAAUUACACCUUCAUUAAGCAAUACAAUCCACGUAUGACGUGAAAGAUAGUAUUCAUACCAAAAAGUACAUUAACGACUUUUACUGCUUUUUUAAAGUAGGCAAUGCAUUCGCGUAGUCUCGUGGUAAAAUCUAGCUUUUCAAAGUGCUUAUAAAUUAUUAACGGUACACCAUAUAAGUUAAACCGGCGAAAGGCGUAUUUUUAUCUUUUAUCAUACUCUUUCAUUUAUUAGAACUAGUCGAUUCAGGCGAUAUUGAUUUUACAAAAUAAAGCGCAUGUAUGUUUGCCAUGAAAAAGCUGAAAACACGGCAGGUCGAUUUGUAACAAAGGAUUCAAAAGCUAUAUUGUCGUUACAAUAGGGCCAGUUGCGUGCCUCCCUUCAGACUUAAAAACAUAACGAUAAAUACCAAUAAAUAGCAAACAAACUGGAACAGAAUAGUGAAGACGGCAUUAAGUACAACCGACCUCGUAGUCGGCUGCUUAUUCCUCAGCAGCAUGACAGAAACUGUAUUAUAAUUAGGCCUGUAGUAGUGGUGGUAUUCUGUUUGGAUCAUAUAAUAAAAUUUAAAUUAUUUGGUUAAAAUUAUUAUUAUUCUUAUUGGUGAAAUUUUGAAGUGUGAAGUCUAUAUCGGCGUAAAUCGGUUACAUUUCAAUGAAAAACAUUUAGGUCGGAAAUAUUUCUUUUGUUAGUAUUAAUAGAUUAGAUAAUUUAUACUAAUGUUAUGUUGGAGUGUUACUUUACAACUGAAAGUGCCGAUACUGCGGCGGCAGUAUGAAAAGUCCAUAAUCGCUCCAACGAUUUAUUUUUAUAUUAGUUUUUUGUUUUGCUUUUUUUUGUAUACGGCACUUUUACAUUUAUUAGGUCCAAUUUUGUGGCGGGCCAAAGAGCCGAUACCAUUUCAUAAUUACUGAGCAUUAAAUCCAUUAACUGGGGUGUGCCCGAAUCAUGCAGAUUUUCGCGGAUUUAUAACGAUUAUAACGAUACAAUUUCUUGUAUAAACGAUCUCUUUCGUUUUUUCCCCAUUUACGGUUUUUUAUGCGUUCUCUUGGUUAAUGUAGCCUUAUUGUAACCUGUGGCUUACAGUUUAGUUUAUAUAGGAUGUACCGUCACUGAUUAUGUUUCUGUACAGCUUCUUCCUACCUGGGUUAAAGGCCUAUCAGAAUAAAAUAUUGGCAUGCAUGAAUAUUGAAAUAAAA